ACUGCAGCGAAACAGAUUUAGAAGAAGGAAAACUACUUAAAAAAAAAAGGUUUUGUCUAGGGGGAAAAGUUCAGCUUUCAAAUGCACAUCAUGCUGUCACCACAGGAUGGUAUAUCAGAACUUUUGCGAUCUGUGAACUGAAGACAUCGUUUAGUACUGUAAUCUCAACUGUCACUUGUGUGUUGUUAGCUAAAUUCGUAUUGAGUACUAACGGAUAUUUGAUUGUUGUGUUAUUUAUAUUUGGUUUCAAACGUUGCUUUAAUUUUUUGUCACAGUUGAUACGUUUUGCCAAAACUUAUUACGCAAUGUCUGCGGUCUGGCUGCAUGUUGGUCAGUGUGGUAACCAGAUCGGGCAGGAGUGGUGGAGAAUUAUUACUGAGGGAGCUGGCCACAGCUGUGAAGCAGACAGGUACCCAUUUCUCAGCAGAGACGGGAAGCUAGGUGCAGUCUGUGUUGACAGUGAGCCCAAGGUGCUGCGGAAGGCACAGAAACUAGUAAAACAUGGGUGCUUCAGGGAGUCCAAUCUCAUAGUGGGACAAGAAGGGCGGGGCAGUAACUGGGCCUACGGGUACUACGGGCCCCCCAAUGAGGGGGAGAGAGGAUUGCUGCAGAGGACCAUGGAGAGUUUUCGGAAGGAGACAGAGAGGAGGGACUGCUAUUCAGGGACAGUGCUGUUCCACAGUUUGAGUGGGGGAACAGGAGCCGGGUUAGGUGCUCGUCUGUGUGAAGAGAUCAGGGAGGCGUAUCCUGUGGGUCACAUCCUCUCUGUUUCUGUGGCCCCGCACCAGGCAGGGGAGAGCCCCCUACAGCACUACAACACUCUGCUCUGCCUCGCAGCUCUGCAAAGAUCCGCUGACGGAGUUCUGCUGUUCCACAACGAUGAAGCUCUGAGCCGAGUGCUGUCUCUGCAGAGCCGCAGCCCCUCCUCGCUCUCCAGCCCCCAGGCACAGGCCUCCCUGUCCAGCAUGAACUCACACAUAGCAUCCUGUCUGGCUGGCCUGUUGUACCCAGUCCACAACCUCACAACUCCCAGCAGGAUCAGUCUGGGUCUGGAGCCCUGGGAGCUGCUGAGGUCAGUGAGUCCCGUCCCGGCCACGAAGUUCCUGCACACCACCCAGGCACACACCAGAAGCACCGUUCUGUGGGACAGCCUGGCAGCUUCCACCCUCCAGAUGCUACCACGCCACUCUCCAUCUGGCAAUCCACACUACAGCUCAGCAGUGCUUGCUGUUGCUCGGGGUGACCAGUGCAACUCCUUCCUGUCCUCUCUAGACCCUGUCCUGCGGAGACUGAGGCAUGGUCACCGCUGUGCUGCCUGGAACCCCUUCCCCAUCGACUAUUGGACAGACCCGCAGGAUGUGGUGAGUCCCAGCCCUUCCUCUCGCUCACUCACCGUGUGCUCUAACCACAGCAGUGUGACGGACCUGCUGCAGAGAGUCGGCGAGCGCGCACAUGACAUGUUCCAGGCACGCGCCUACUUGCACUGGUACCACCGCUAUGGCUGUGAGGACCAGGACUUCCUGCAGGCCUUUGACACGCUGCGGACUGUCACAGAAGAGUACCGUGCAGGGGAGGAGUGAGGAGGACAGCCACACAGACAGACAUGGAGGAGUGACACAGUAUUACAUAUUGUUGCCUACUUCAUGUUCUUAAUAAUUUCAAAACAUGAUUUCAAAACAUGAAAAAAAAUCUGUAAAAAUUAGUCACUGGAUAUGUCAAUUAGCAUGGUAUCUUGAGUGUCAUUCCAUGCCAAAUCUGCAUAUGGUUCAGAGGACAUCAUAUGUGAUUUGGGGUAUUAGGUCUAAUUGACAGGACCUGAUCAUUAGAUAUUUCCGAGCUGCAUUACUUUCACUGAACCCAUGCGAAUGUAUAUGCUGAAAAGGGAAGCUAGUAAUAACUAGUGAAUGGUCAUAAGCAGGGGGACCAACUGUCUAAGGCAUCUCAAUCUCCAGCAGUACAAGGGACACAUGUAAUCUAGGAGACUGAAUGAUGAAAUGUGUGGAACUUGCAUGAUCAAGCCCUGUGCAACACCGUGUGAUUUGUCAUGCCUGUUUGCCAAACGAGUGUCAUUGAUAAAGAUAUUAAAUUAUUGUUUAAAGGUGUUGUGUAAUUUUUAAAUAAAUGAUGUAUAUAUUGUGUAAGGCUGCGUGUUGUGUGAGACAGCAGGGAGGGGGUUAAAACCUCCCUGAAGAAGAAAAAAGAAAAAAAAUGCACCUUUUGUAUUUAAUUGUUAUGUGUUUUGUUUAUUGUUUAAUUGUUUUGUGCUUCUGUUAGUUAGUUGUUAAUUGUUUUAUUGUUUAAUUCAACUGUUUUAUGAUUUAAUUAUCCCCUGCACCUGGGCAGUAAUUAGGAAUUGGGACCAGGGCAGGGUAUAAAAGAGGAUCAGUUAAGCUGAUCAGGGCUGCUGAGUAGAAGGAAGCAGAAGAGAGGUGUUCUGCUUCUGAGCAGUCAUAUAAAAAUAAGUGCUGGAGACCUGCGUGGUUUGUUUUGUUUGUGGUGUCAGGUAAACGGCUUAGCCGUCCUGAAAGUUAGUUAGGGAUUAACCUGUGUAGUAAGUGCUCCAAAACGGAGUUAGGUGUUUGUUUAUUUUGUGUUUGUUUUUGUGUGUAAUUAAAAAUAGUGCAACCGCGCUUAAAAACUAAA